AUGGAAAACGAUAAGGGCCAACUAGUCGAACUUUAUGUUCCAAGAAAAUGUUCUGCUACCAACAGAAUCAUCAAGGCUGAUGACCACGCCUCUGUUCAAAUCAACGUCGCCAAGGUUGAUGAAGAAGGCCGUGCUAUCCCAGGUGAGUACGUUACCUAUGCUUUGUCCGGUUACGUUAGAUCCAGAGGUGAAUCCGAUGACUCUUUGAACCGUUUGGCUCAAAACGACGGUUUGUUGAAAAACGUUUGGUCUUACUCCCGUUAA